AUGACCGGAUUCGUCGCAGAUGAGCCGUGAAGGUCGAGGUCACUCGUCACCCUGCUAAAUGCAUGCCUAGCGCGCUAGCGCCUGCGGAGCGAGAUCAACAUCAGAUUCAGGGCCUACUCCUUGAUCAGAGUUUGGUGGGGUCGAAUUUUGACGUGUUCCAAUGUUGUAGAUCUGCCGAGACUUUACCAAAACAAAAGACCGACUAACUAGUAGAUCUACACGGAGUCGGUGACACAAGUCACGACUAGUGCUAGUGCUAGUAACAGUUAGUUAGUUACGUGUAGUUGGUGUGCUUCAUUCACACUUCUGUUCUUGCUGACUUGUAACCCACUGACCCAACAUAACAGAUCUGCGAGUCCUUGCUGCAUGCUUGGUAGCGAUCACUAGGACACUGCUGCUGGCGCUGGAUUAGGUCAGACUGAUCAAGUUCUCUCUUGACUGAGUUGUCGUUGGAAUUCGUCUUGAACGUGAAGGGUGCUGCAGAGUCUCUGCAGCGAUCAGUAACUUGUCGUGGUGGCCUGAGUGACUCUGUCCGAUUUGUAGCCAUGCCCCGUGUUUUCAAGAAUCAGAACUACAGUAAGCUGCGCAAGCAGCUGCAGACGUCGGGAGCGCUGUUCGAAGAUCCCGAAUUCCCUGCUACCGACAAGUCGCUCUACACUGCUGAUGGUGGACCCUCUUCUAGCCAGCGGGAGAUAGAGUGGAAACGACCCAAGGACAUUUCGGAGAAUCCCAAGUUGGUGACAGAUGGUGUGUCGGGCAAUGACCUGAAUCAAGGUGACGUGGGUAACUGCUGGUUUGUUGCUGCCUGUGCUACCCUGGCUGGUGUCAAGCCACUCUGGGACAAAGUUGUUGUCAACAGCAAGGACCAGGACUGGGAUGGCAACAACCCGGGUAAGUACACCGGCCUGUUCAGGUUUCACUUCUGGCGGCUUGGCCACUGGACGGAGGUGGUGAUUGAUGAUCGGCUACCAACGUCACGCGGCAAGCUGAUCUACAUGCACAGCAAGGAUCCUAAUGAAUUCUGGAGCCCGCUGCUGGAGAAAGCAUACGCCAAGCUUGCAGGCUCUUACCAAGCACUGGAUGCCGGCACCACUGGUGAUGCACUGGUAGACUUCUCCGGUGGGGUCACUGAGCCGCUCAAACUGUCCGAUCACUCCGACAGCUUGGACAAGAGAGACAAUCUGUUCACGCUGAUGGAGAAGGAAAUCAAUCGCAACUCCAUGAUGAGCUGCUCGAUUUCAGCAGCUGAUGCCUCAGAAAUGGAGGCCAAGCUGGACUCUGGGUUGCUGAAAGGACAUGCCUAUGGCAUCACAGCUGUGAAGAUCGUCAAGAUCAGCGAAGGCAUCUUCUCCAGCAAGAAGUUCCAUCUUGUGCGCAUUCGCAACCCGUGGGGCCAGACCGAGUGGAAUGGUGCGUGGAGCGACGGGUCGGACGAGUGGAAGAACGUGUCUGAGAAGGAGCGCAAGAAGCUGGGCAUUGUUUUCGAGGACGAUGGAGAGUUCUGGAUGUCAUAUGACGACUGGAUCAAGCACUUCACCAACUUCACCAUCUGCCGCAUUGUCAACACGUCGGUACUGAGCGUACGCAAGACAUGGCAUGAUGUCACCUUCUACGGUGAAUGGGCGGGAGCGCGUGCAGGUGGCUGCAUCAACAACAAGGAAACUUUCUUGAAGAAUCCACAGUAUGUGUUUGACCUCCAUCACGGCGAGGAUGGAGCCGUGAUGAUUGACUUGAUGCAGGAGGAUCGCCGCAGCACCAGGUCAGCUACUCCGCCAGGCGAUGGCACGAGUAACUCCAACCUCAGCAUCGGCUAUCAGCUCUUCAAGGUUGAAGAGAAUCGCCGGCAUCGCGUUAAAACACUGCCCAAGGCCGCCGGAAAUGUCACCUUCACGAAUUCCCGCUCCGUGUUCGGCAAGUUUGAGCUCUCCGAGGGCCGUUACGUCUGCGUGCCGUCCACUUUUCAACCGGGGAUUACCGGCAACUACAUGCUGAGGGUGUUCACGGAGCAUGCGUCACAUGCCAAGGAGCUGGUCAUGGAUCAGCUAAAGAAGCCUGGAUGGAAUUGCUGCGUCAGUUCGUUCACAUCGAUUGUCAGCGUAACCGUGAACUCGGUCAACGGACUGCCCAACCAGAACCUAGUAUCUGAGGGUGCCGACCCGUACUGUGUUGUAAAGGUGGAGGGACAAACGUGCAACACACCCGUUGUCAAGGACACGCUGACUGCACGGUUCGACUCGUCUUUCGUCUUCUUCACCAAGCGUCCGGACCAGCGGCCUGUGAAGGUCGAGGUGUGGGACAAAAACGUGCUGAAGGACAAGCACUUGGGAGAAAUUGAGCUAACCCUGCCCAAGGCGGGCGAAGGCAGGCAGUACACAGAGAAGCUACGUGCCAAGGGCGACGCCACCAAGGAAACGCAGGGUACCCUCAGCGUCACGUUGGAGUGGUUCACGGAUACCACAUCCCGGUAGGACCGGCACUGAAUCGAAGGCUGAUAAUUCUUUCCUAUUCGGACCGGUACUGACUGUGGAUGAACAAGCAGCGUGCAUUGCUAAAUGGGUAUAACCGUGACCCAGGGCCUUUCCCGCGACAACAUACAGAUGAUGCCAGCAGAUCUGGAGCUGGUGUACCGUAUGCUGCUAUCCUUAGGGUAAUCCGUCUUAUUACCGAUGUUGCCACUAGGCCUGAUUGCUACUGUGUCUGUAGCGGGGCACGGUAAUCAUUAGUGCACACUCCCUCACAGCUAGGCGGCAGAUCAUAGUUAGCCGAGCAAUGCUCCUCAUUCCUCAUUCUAGGAUGCACGUUAUACUGUCUUAUCAGUUAGAGAAGUGUGAAUGGUCCGUGCAGUGCUCGGCCUCAGUCCGUACCCACACUGUUAGUUCUAAGCGAAGCCGAGUGCAGUACUACACCGGUUGUUGCAGCAGCUAACGACGGUUAGGGUGGUUUAGUACUAGCAUCCACUGGCUGCUAACCUGAGCAUGGCAGCUGGUCAGCCUGCUAUGGAUUGGUGCAGUAGAACAUAUCUGUAGCGUUGUUAGUGCGUGCGAAGUGGCCACAUGAAAAAACAUUCUGUAGUGAUUUACUGCCGCUAUCAUUCUGCAAACCCGAUGAUGCCGCCAACUUAUUUUUAUACUCUUAUUGGUGUCUUUGAGUCACAAUGGAGCUGCCAAUGCCAUGCAUGUCACACAAGUUCUUGUUGUGUACUCAUCCUAUAGUUUAUUUUCAGUUCUAGCUUAAAAACACUGAAGCAAAAAAACGUGUAAGGCAUAAUUAUUUUGGUGUCCACCCAAUGGCCAAUUCUUCUUUUAGGGGUCAUUAUCACGAAUUUUAUUUUAGAUGUCCGUCUUUCAAUUGAUAAUUUCAUUCUCACGCCGCAGGCUUUUUUUGGCUCUCUGGAGUUUGUUUCACACCAACAACUGACUAGCUUAGGCCUGAGUGCAAGCUGUUUAGAUAGAUCACCAAAAUAAUAUUUUGGAGAAAUGGCAAUAUCAAUGGUACUGUACUGGGA